AGGAAGAGCUGCGGUGCCUCAGGGAGCUGCUGAUAGGAAGUGCUGUCCUCCCGCAGGGCCAGAGGGGGCAGCUCGGGUGCCUGCCUUCCAUCGCUCGAGACCCAGAGCCCCCCGCCCUGUAGGCUCGCACCUCCACCAUGGCCGAACUCAUCCAGAAGAAGCUGCAGGGAGAAGUGGAGAAAUACCAACAGCUGCAGAAGGACUUGAGUAAAUCCAUGUCAGGGAGGCAGAAGCUCGAGGCACAGCUAACAGAAAAUAACAUCGUGAAGGAGGAACUGGCCCUGCUGGAUGGAUCCAACGUGGUCUUCAAGCUCCUGGGACCCGUGCUUGUCAAGCAGGAGCUAGGGGAGGCUCGGGCCACGGUCGGGAAGAGGCUAGACUACAUCACAGCAGAGAUUAAACGCUACGAAUCGCAGCUUCGGGACCUUGAGCGGCAGUCAGAGCAACAGAGGGAAACCCUUGCUCAGCUACAGCAAGAGUUCCAGCGAGCCCAGGCAGCAAAGGCUCCUGGGAAGGCCUGACCCCAUGGAAGGGGGAGGGGAGGGAGGGAUGAGGCAGCUCCAGGGUCUACAUUAGAAUAGCCAAUAAAAUGUAAACAAAGCCAA